AUGGACCACGGAAUCCCGCUGAACAUACACGCACGACCGCGCAUCGUUGGCAGACGACCGAACGCAAUCGUUAACAUAGAGACCGAUGUCUUUCAAGAGAAAUCCUACAAGCAGUAUUCCUCACAGCAUCUUCGGGAUGCGUUAAUAGCGGUGAAAAAGGGCUACAGUGUUUACGCGGCGUCAAACAAGUACGGUGUACCGAGAAAAACUUUGCGAAAUUGGAUGGAAAAGUAUGAUAUUAAGAGUCAGUUCUCUAAAGGUCGACGCGGGGCAAGAACGAAUCAAAUCCUUGAUCCGUUAGACCUAAUGAGGGAGACAAGGUCCGAGAGAUACGAUGACCCGUUGUAA